AUGGAGUACCUUCAAAGAUGCAUCCAUCAGAUGCAACUUGACCCAAAAUUCCAUCAUCAUUCUAAUUGUAAGAAGCUUCAGCUCACCAAUCUUAUGUUUGCAGAUGAUGUUUUGCUUAUGUCCAGAGGUGACCCCGAUUCAGUAGAGAUGUUGCUAACAACCUUCACCAAGUUCUUGGAUUCCACAGGUAUGCAAAUUAACAAAUCUAAGAGUAAUCUUUACUUUGGUGUUGUUCAUAAUAAUGUGAAAGUUAGUAUUCUUAACAUGACUGGGUUGAAGGAGGGCUUCCUUACUUUUAAAUACCUUGGAGUAUCUAUAUCUUGCAAAAAGCUUGCUCCCCACCAUUACUUGGCCCUCAUUGAGAAAAUUCUGGUCAGAAUAAAGCACUGGACUGCAAAAUUACUAACCUAUGCUGGCAGGUUGCAAUUAAUCAAGAGUGUUUCCUUUUCUAUUGCGAAUUAUUGGAUGGUUUGCUUCCCGAUUCCAAAAAAUGUUAUCAGUAAGAUUGAUGCUCUUUGUAGAUCUUACUUCUGGACUGGUAAGGAUAGCAUUAGUCGUAAAAGCCUUGUGGCUUGGUCUUUAGUUUGUAAGCCUAUCAAACAAUGGGGGGCUGGGCAUUAUUGA